CUGACAGCGGCGGUGGGAAGCCGGCCUUAGCCAACAUGUACUACAAGUUUAGCAGUUUCACGCAGAAGUUGGCUAGGGCUUGGGCUUCGGAAGCCUAUACACCGCAGGGGUUAAAGCCGGUUUCCACAGAAGCACCGCCUAUCAUAUUUGCCACACCAACCAAACUGACCUCCAAUGUGACAGCAUAUGAUUAUGCUGGAAAGAACAAGGUUUCAGAGCUGCGGAAGUUCUUCCAGAAGGCCGACGGCGUGCCCAUUCACCUGAAACGAGGCCUUCCUGACCAAAUGCUUUACUGGACCACCAUGGCUCUGACAGUGGGAGGGACCAUCUACUGCCUGAUCGCCCUCUACAUGUCCUCACAGCCCCAAAACAAAUGAAGUUGCCUGUGGAGGACUGGUUCACUUUGUGGCACAAACCCUUUGAAUUCUCACAUUUCAUGUUUUUCCACUUGGAUAGUCUACUUAGCAUUUUGCAAACAAAGGAAAAGAUAAGAAUACACUGUUUUGGUUUGUUUAUGGCGUGCAGAUGGCCUGUCAGAUGUCAGAGCUUGUUUGACAGUUAAAACCGUUGUUUAAGAAAAUGACACUGAGCCAUCACUGAGCUGAAGAGCUGUU